AUGGCACGCGCGGCUGUCCUCCCACCAUCUCCAGUUAAACGGGGAGCUCGGACAGCUCCCCGGACAACAACCAAAACGACAGAAGCUAAGACUGCUGCAGCACCAAGGAAUGUAGUCAGACCGAACCAUUUAGCUUCUUUGAACAGCGCCGACUCCGACGAUACAGACGAUGAGCUCGGCAUGAUGAUGGAGGAUGCAGAUAAACAAGCCAAGCCUCGCGGCCGGCCUGCUGGGCGUGCUGUGACUAAACCUGUCGCGCCAAAGGCUGCGACCGCCCGAACCAAGAAAGCUACCGCUGCCGCUGCCGCUGCAGCUGCCGCGGUGGUGGCAGAGACGGCGGACAAGGACAAGGCAGAGCCAGUGAAGAAACGCGUCGGCCGGCCUAGGAAGAAUGCCACCCCAGAGCCAACCAAGUCAGCCGCAGGCGCGACGAAGACUCGAGGACGACCCAAGGCUGAGCCUGCUGCGAAAAAGCCAGCCACCACAAGAAAAGCUACACGAGCUACUAAUAAAUCCACUGAGUCGACGGAUGAGGCGGAUCCUACGCAUAUUGUGAUCAAUACUAAUUCGACUACUAUGCGUUCGAACCUUCUGCGUGGUCCCGCCAAGAAGAAAACCGUCACUUUUCAAGGCGUAUCAAACUCGGACUCAGAGGCUGAAGAGUCCUCUGCGUCAGCUGCAGGACGAAGGAAAGCUCCAGGUAGAGCUGGCCUGGGAGCUACUCCGAUGCGUAAAGCGACUAGCGCAACUCGGGGACGAAAACCUGGGGCCAAGAAAGAUAUGCCGCAGCCACUUUCUCCAAAGAAAACAAAGCAGAUGGCGAAGUCUCUUGGCAUCUACACAGAGUCUGAGGAUGAGGAAGACGAAUUGAGUGUAGCCAAGGCUGAUCCUAAGAGUCCUGUCGGACUCGUGGUCCACUCGCCUGUAAAGCACACCGAAGGUUCAGGACUGAGUUCGCCUGUCCGCAGAAUCAACUUUACGCCCAAUAAAGCCUCACGUCAACUUGACGAGAAUGGGGAACUGAAAGUCCCUACACCCAAACACGGAUCCUCGACGAUUGGACUUGGUUCACCGGUCCGCAAAAUCAAUUUCACACCAAACAGAAGCCAGAACACUGUUGUUGAUAAUGGUCACCUAGCACUUCCACUUGGCAGCUCUUUCGAUUUCAGCAACUCAAUGAUGAUGUCUAGCCCGGCCAGACGCCCGGAGGUGUCGCCGUUCAAGUUCUCUAUUAUGGACACCCCCAGCCGGAACAGGCUUUUCCGCGAAGAACUUGAAACUGGAUAUGCGUCAGACCUUUUCCAAGGACCGACUUCGCCGCUUAAAAUGUCCCCUAAGAAGGGUAAAUUAGGCUCGUCAUUCCAAAGCCCGGCAAAGACUGCUACGCCAUCCUUUAAACCCAAGGCAUCGCUGAUCCAAAGUCCUGCGAAACGCAUUGCGUCGCCGUUCAAGAGUUCUCUAUUCGCCAAAUCUCCAGCACCAACGAAGGCCCCAUCUCCCACUCAAGCGGACACCGAAAAUCUUUCAGGGUCUGUGAUUCGCCAUCGCCUUUCGUUUCACAAUGAUGAAGAGGAACCAGCAGAUGACCAUGAGCUAUCAAUGGUCGAAGAGGUCGCUCGCGAUAUCUUUGGGAUUGAACUGUCAUCUUCGCAGCAAUCUGCCCAUAAAGACAAAUCGGCGCAACCGGAGUCAGGGCCAGAGUCAGGGCUAGAGCCACAGCCAGAGCCGCUCGCUCUGAGCGAUGAUGAUAUCGAUAUGGAGCCGGAACAAGAGGAGUACGACGGUCAGACUGUUGACGAGAAGCUUGAUGCUCUUCAGGCCGAGAUCCAGCGCGAGCCGGAUGAUUUUGGAACACUCUGCUUCAAUAACAUGGAAGCUUUGCAGAAGCCCUUUGAACCGCUGUCUCUGGAGAAUCUGGAAGAUGAGGAAGUCGACGAACAUGUUGAAGAAGAGAUAAACGAUGUGGAACAAGACGAUGCUAUCGAGUCUGAACCCGAGGAUAAAGAUGAUUUCUGUUCUCGAAGGUCGAGUCCAUUGUCUCCUGCACAUGAAGAUGCAAAUGUUGUUCCCGAUUUUUCGCCUACCCUCGAUUUGGCUGCGUUUGACGCUCUUGUGGAACCUAGCUCGCCUGCCCCUGUUCAUGGAACAAUCGAAAUUGACGCGCCAGAACAGUAUGAGGCCCAUGUCGAAGAGAGCGUUGUUCAUCAAGCCUUGGGCGCACGAGAUGACUACGAGAUCGAAGAGCCUGAAACUGAGGAUGACCAUUCCGAUACUGAGGCUACCCCCGUCCAUGCAGACUUCAGCUCCAGUAUCGAGGCUCGGUCUCAAACCCCUGAAGAGAGUGGCGAGCACGAAGACUCCCCCCUUCCGGGAGAUACACCUCCAACCCCUCCGGUCCCAGGCACGUCCUCGUCUAUCGGACGAGAAGCGAGUGUCAAAUCCAACGGGCGCAUGUUCGAUUUCAACACUGAGGAUGCUCGAUUUGAUUAUGAGAAUAGUCCUUUCGAAUUUACUGAAUCCGACAUUCCAACACCCGCUCCACCGAGCCUCAAGGGUACUCCGCACACCCGACGUCGCUCCAACUUCAACGUUGAUAUGGCCUUCACGCCACUCGUAAAUCAACUCAGCAGCUGGCAAACCAACACACCAAAGGCUAGAGAAGGCCGACCACGCCGAAGAGGUGUUUUCUCUCUUGUUGGUCCAUUGGAUCAGCCUGGUGAGACCCACAUUCCAGACGAAGGCAAGGUUUCAUACCCUGAUCUCUCGCGUCCAUCUCUUGCGAACACUCCACGUCUCUUCGCAGAGUUGCCCCUUCAACCUCGGAGUAACGAAUCGUCCCCGGCACCUGCAUUCGAUAGUCCUGCAAGUUCCCCCUUGCUUGAGGCAGAUGAUGAUAUGAUAGAUUCGCCUACCAAGAACGAGAUUUUUGAGGACAACGAGCCUGUGUCUCCUGGAGAGCAAUCUCGCUUCAGUCUUCCUGGCUCUGUAGCUGAAAGCAACGACAAGCCACUCGAAGAGGAAAAUAAAGAAAAUUCCCCUGCACCCCCCUGUCCUCCCAGCCACACCCGUCAGAUCAAUGCCGAACAGCCACCGCACCGUUCAUACCGUUUCAAAGGUUCCUUUGAAAGGGGAGGGAGAGGUAUCUCCUCUGAAGAUGCCUCGAAAGCGCGGUCUCUCAUUGACAGCUACCUCUCCAACCCCCGCAAACCGAUUUCCUUCCCUCGGAAUGACAGUGCACCGGUUCUUUCUCCGCCCAAAACACAGGUCGAUAGAAGCCCAAGUCCGAAACGCCGUUGUAGUGUCGCUCGCCGUUCCAGCGUUCGAUCCUCGAUGAUGCCUCCUCCACGAAGCCCCUCUGUUGCCAGCAGUCCUGCAAAGACCUCUCGACGGAAAUCCAGCGUGAACAAAGAGAAGCAGGUAUUGAACGGUGCUGUGGUUCAUGUCAACGUACAUACCACGGAAGGAGAGGAUGCAUCGGGAAUCUUUGUUGAGUUGCUACAACAGAUGGGUGCUCGCUGUGUCAAGUCCUGGUCUUGGAACCCCCGCUCUAGCGCGUCCCCAGUUGAUGGCCAAGACCCUAUGCAUACCCAUGCUAAGAUUGGUAUCACCCAUGUUGUCUACAAGGACGGUGGAUUACGGACCUUGGAGAAGGUCAAGCACGCCGGUGGCCUUGUCAAAUGUGUUGGUGUAGGCUGGCGAGAAAGCAAAUGGCUUGACGAAACCCCCUAUACCGUUGACAGUACUAUCAUUCCCCGCGGAGGGGCCAACCGCCGUAAGAGCAUGGAGCCUCGUGCCCUGAGCAACGUCAACGGCACUCUUGUCCACGUCGCCGAGCCUUCAACCCCCUCAGCCAGCGGCCGUCGCUGCGGCGCUGACUGGGGUGCAAUGGAGAGCUUCCGAAAAAUCACACCCCCAACCCCCCGCGCCGGUGAAGCCCCCUCUACACCUACAGAGCGAUCUACGGACCGCUACCACGUCCCUGCGACCCCGGGCUACAACUUUGACAACCUUGACGCCAUGGGCAUGUCCCCGGCAACCCCAUACUUCCUCUCCAACCGCAGCAAGCUCGUCCAACAAUCCUGCCCUCCUAAGCAAAGCAACCGGGGUCUGUUCCCGAGCUCGAACACCAGUAAGAAGUUGAGUUUUGAAGACGAGGACGAAGAUGUUGGCCGCCGCAAGCAGCGUGCUAUGAUGGAAGCUGCGAGACGGAAGAGUCUUUUCCAUAAACCCGCUGUUGCUAGUCCGCUUGCCCGGUAA